UUAUCUAAAUCCAACAAGAGAACCUGAGUUCUCAGCGCUUCCUAACAACCGCCGGACGGAGAUUGGCAGCAUGGCGACGAUGAUGGCUAUGAAGGAUGUGGACUUCUCCUUUCAGUCCAUCGCGGGAAAGCUAGAGAAGAUGCUAGAGGAAGAAGCCGCGUUGCUGGCUGGAGUCGAAGAUGAUGUCCGAUACAUAGUUGCUGAGCUCAAAAGCAUCACCUCUUUCUUGACGGCCAUGUCAACCAGGCGCAAUAUGGAUGUUGAACUGCAGAACUGGGUGCAAGAAGUAAGGGAGGUGGCCUACGACGCCGAAGACUCGAUCGAUGAAUUCAACUGCCGUCUCCGAUCGACGCCUUACAGCAAGUGCGGAGUCAAAGGUUUUUUCAAUCACUUCCUUCGCCGCAUAAAAUCAUUGAAAUCUCGCCAUGUCAUUGCUUCGGAGAUCAAGAAAUUGAAGAUUCAAGUAGAAGAGAUUAAAAAACGGCACGAUCGUUAUUCCCACACAAAUGAAGCUAUAAGUUUUGGCACCGCUACCAACUUGGACAUGACCGAGAGAUACCCUGAUCCACGGAUCAUUGGCCAUUUUGUAGAGGAAACUCAACUCGUGGGCAUCAACCAGAGUAGAGAUACACUCAUCAAGUGGGUGAUGGAUGAGAACUAUCCCGAGCUUACAACGAUUUCUCUCGUCGGCUUCGGUGGUUUAGGAAAGACAACUUUAGCUAAGUUAGUUUAUGACGAUCCUAUUAUCGUCGGAGGUCACUUCCAAUCUCGAGUUUGGAUCGCAGUGUCACAAAAUUACAGUAUCAAAGAGCUUCUCAAAAAGAUUAUUCGACAAAUUUCUAUCAAGGAACAACAAAUCAGAGAUGUGUUUGGGUGCCAAGAUGCCAGUUUGAACACAGUGCAACUUCUGAACAUAAUGGACGAGUCGCAAUUGGUGAAGACCAUCAGAGACCAUCUCCAUGGAAAGAGGUAUAUGAUUGUUUUUGAUGACGUUUGGAGCACUGAAGCAUGGGAAAGCUUGCGUAUUGUAUUGCCACCGGGUAAAGAACGAAGUAGGGUGAUAGUGACCACCCGCAUUGAGGAAGUAUCAAAUACAAGUUGUUCUCGUAAUCGUCAAUUUAUAUUUAAAAUGUCUCCUUUAUCACCCGAGAAAUCUUGGGAGUUAUUCUGUAGAAAAGUAUUUGAAGCCCCUGAGUAUAGUUGUCCUCGAGAGCUAGAAAAUGUUGGCAGAGAAAUCUUGCAAAAGUGCGAUGGGCUACCACUUGCGAUUGUGACAAUCGGAGGUCUUCUGGCUUCCAAGUCUGAUAAAAAACAUGAGGAAUGGAAAGACUUUGGCGACCACCUUCGUUUGGAGAUACAAACUAAUGAUAUGCUGUCGAAGAUCCAUCAGAUACUACUUUUGAGUUACAAUGACUUGUCUUUCCAUCUCAAGCCUUGCUUCUUGUUCCUAGGCAUCUUCCCUGAGGAUUAUGAGAUAUGUCGGAAGCGGCUGAUGAGACGGUGGAUUGCUGAAGGGAUUGUGAGUGGCGUAGGUGGCUUCCCCGCUGAGAAAGUCGCCGAGCGCUGCUUCAACGAGUUGGUGAGUCGUAGCUUGGUACAGCCAUCAGAAAUCUAUUAUAAUGGGACAGUGAAAUCCUGCCGCGUCCAUGACAUGAUGCUCGAUGUCAUAAUCUCGAUAUCAAGGAAGGAGAACUUUGUGGUGCUACUGAAUGAGCACCCGACGAUUCCGCCUCAACAUCAGAAGAUAAGACGCUUAUCCUGGCAGGGAGGAAGCAGUGGACUAGUGCCUAACACUGAUCUGUCCCACCUCCGAUCCUUCACUGCAACUGCAUUUGGUGAGGAUGUACCACUGACGGAUUAUAGAAAGCAGAGGCUGUUGAAGGCAAUUGACCUGGAAGGAUGUAGGGACUUGGAUCAUCUCCACCCCAAGAGCUUUUCCAAGUUGUUUCUUCUGAAGUACCUGUCUCUAAGAAAUAAUAUUAGAUUACGUAGAUUGCCAGAUUCAUUAGGAGAUUUGCAGAAUCUAGAGUUUUUGGAUAUAAGAGGAACUCGUAUUGAAGAACUACCCAAUACCAUCGUCAAACUCCAAAACCUGGUCUAUCUGCUUUUUGAUCUCCGAAUAAUUCAGUUGCCGAAGGGAAUGAGAAGGUUGAAAAAACUUCGCACGCUUGGAAUGGCACGUGUAGAUAAUGUGCAGUUGCUACAGGAGAUUGGUGAGCUUGUCGACCUCCAGAAGCUUGCCAUCUGUUUCGGUGACAAUACUCUAACAGUCAGAAUGCUGGAUGCGAUGAGCGCUCUGCUCUCGAAGCUCAAUGGCAACCUUCGAUCUCUAAAUAUUUUGCAUAUUCCAAACGACAAUCUGAAAAAGGCACUCGAUGAGGCAGCUUCACCACCAUUGCUGCUCUGCAAGCUGAAUAUAUGUGCCCAUCUUGGCGGAUUGCCUACUUGGUUUGCAUCUCUGGAUAAUGUUGUCAAGAUAACUCUGCGCAACACGCAAUUGCGGCUCCAGGAUCUGCAAGUCUUGAGAAAUCUCCACACUUUGGUCACGCUGGUCCUAGGAACUGAGUCAUUCUUGUCGAAUGAGGUUUUGAUCUUCGAUCAGGGAGGGUUCACACAUCUCAAAUACCUGGAUAUUGAAACGAACAGUGUGAGUUUCGAAGAAGGUGCACUCCAAAGCCUCGAAAUUCUUAAAAUGCCUGAUUUUUUUUUUGGAUAUAGCGUGAUUAGCGUCGAUGGCAUAGAACAUCUGCAUGGGCUAAAGGAGGUUCACAUUCAGACUAAGAAUCAAGAUACGAUAGAGUUAUUAAAAAAUAUUCCAGCAAACCAUUCAAAUCUUCCCAAAUGUUUUGCAACAACAGACCGGAUUUUUAGGUAUAAGAUUUGACUCAGAGGAAUCCGAGCUUUUUGUCAAUGCAAAGAUGAAAUUAUUUAUUAAAAGAUCUGGUGUGGUGUGAGCUAGUUCUGCUCUCCAACUUAUCCAUUGUGGCAUUGUCAAUCUCUUCUAUUAUGCUUAAUCUCUCCAACUUGUUUUGUAUUUCUGAAGCAGUAUGUAAUCUUCAAACAUCGCUCUCUUAAUAAAUUG